AUGGCUGAAUGUCAACGACAUUCAAAUUUGCAUCUUGAGUAUUCUCAGAUAAGACAAGAAAUUGAUUGGUUUGGUUAUCGAAAUGCUGGUGAAUUAUCAAGUCAUCUAGUUAAAAAUCAUGAAAAUAUUCGUGAAGGUUUUGGUUUUUGUCUGACAGAUUUUAUUAUUCGUCUUUCUAGAAUUAUUGCCAGUCUAAUAUUUUCUUUUUAUGUUGGUUGGAAAUUAACACUUAUCUUUCUUUCAAUAUCACCAUUAAUUGUUCUUUCAUUUAAUCAUUUAAUUGAAGUUAUUAUUAAAUAUACAAUUUUAGAGUUACUAGCAUAUAAUACAGCUAAUUAUAUUGCACAAGACGUUUUAGUUGCAAUACGAACAGUAAUAGCAUUUGGUGAACAAGAUAAAGAAACUGAACAAUAUCGAAAGAAUUUAUCUGUUGGUAAACGUGUUAGUAUUCAAAAAGGUUUUAUAUUAGAAAUAACUCGAGCUAUAGUUAAUAUUGUUCUUUAUAGUGCAAUUUUACAAUCAUUUGCUGAAGCAUCUGAUGGAUAUGUAUUUGAUAUAAAUAAGAGAGAAAAAAAAAUAAAUAUAUUUCGAAAUGAUGGUGAAAUUUCAUCGAAUUUUAUUGGUGAUACUGAAUUUAAAAAUGUUUAUUUUACCUAUCCAUCACGAAAAGAAUUAUCUAUUCUCAAUGGUUUAAGUGUCGAAAUUUCUUCAGGAAAAGCUGUAGCACUUUGUGGACCAUCUGGUUAUGGAAAAAGUAUAACAAUUCAAUUGAUUCAAAGUUAUUUAGCUAUUGAGAAGGUAAAAUGUCGUCAAUGA